CCUAGUAACGAAUCUAUACAUAUAUAUGAACAAUAUAGCCGUUAUACGACCGGUUGUUAGGAAUGGGAUGGCGGAGAGACGAUGUCUUGGAUGUUGAUCUCCCAGGCAAACAUCUGGGCUUCUUAGUCCCUUGUCCCACUUGCGUAUGGAGGCCCUGCUCAGCCACAACGUCAUGAUAUGAAACGAAUCUGUGACCUUGAGAUCUAUCCCGAUCCCCUCUCUCCUCGCCAAUAAGGACAAAGAGUAAACUAGGCUUCUACCUUUGUAAGUGCUAAUGAAAGAGUGGCGUUAAAAGUUUAUAGCGAGUUUCCCAACAUCAUCUGAAAUCGUACUUCAUCCCCGCUUCUCUAACCAGGCAACACCACACGAACUCCAACGAUGUCUACCACAGACGCCCAUAUCCCAGCACCAGCUGAAGCGCCAGCGAGCGCCAGCCCAGCAACAGACUCCGCUCCAGCAGCUCUCGCCGCUGUCGCUCCACCAACAACCACAAAUGCCGCGCCAGCAACAUCAACCCCACCAAAGAUCUCCCUCGACACCUCGAGUCACAACUCCGAGCCCGCCCUUGACUUCGCCGGCGACGUCGACACCAACAACAUCCUCCCCACCCAAGCCACCCUCUCGAAAAUCGAGGACUACGCGGUCCUCGACCGCGACGGGAAGAGCAUCCCCUUCAAAUCCCUAUACACCGGCCCCAACGUCCCACGCCGUGUGCUCUUGAUAUUCGUGCGACACUUCUACUGCGGCAACUGCCAACAAUACCUCAAGGCCCUCUCUGCCUCCAUCACCCCCGAUGACCUCCUCCGACUCCCCGUCCCAACCUUCAUCGCCGUCAUCGGCUGCGGCGCCCCCUCGCUAAUCCAGAUGUACGCCGACGCCAGCGAAUGCCAAUUCCCCAUCUACGCCGACCCGACGGCGAAGCUGUACUCCGAGCUAGGGAUGACGCGGACGCUCGCUCUGGGCGCGCGGCCCGAGUACCUACGCCGCAGCAUGGUGACCAGCACCCUUGCCAGUAUCGUGCAGGGGAUAAAGCAGAUCCCAUCCGGGCGGGCGCUGGUAGGCGGGGAUAUGCAGCAGGUUGGUGGGGAGUUCUUGUUUGAGCCGGUGGGGGGGCUGGCGGCGAGUCCGGUGACGCCGGGGGUUGGAGGGGAGGAGGAGAAGAGGGUCGUGUGGUGCCAUCGGAUGAAGAAUACGAGGGAUCAUGCGGAGGUGCCGGAGUUGAGGGAGGUGUUGGGGCUGGAUGGGUUGGGGGUGCCGGGGGAUAACGCGAAGAGGUGGAUGAAGGCUGUGACGGAGAGGAAGGGGACUGGGUUGAGUGCGAUGGGGAGUUUGAAUGAGGGGGGUAGUGGGUUGCUGGUUGGAGAGCCGAAGGGAGUGGUGAAGGGCCACAAGACACUUAUUUUGAUGCUGAGACACGCAUGUUUGUAAUUCGGCUCAAUAGAGCGUUUUAGCAACUGUUGAACAGGCUGUUCAACACCCCCGUAUGUAGUUAGUAUAGAAAUAUGAGAAUUUAGUGCCAUAA